AUGAAGCUUAUCUCUGCUGUUAUGGUCGCUCUCGUCUCUGUGGCUAUGGCUUAUCCCACAACCCCGAACAAUAAUGCUCAGGUUGUGAGUCGUCAAAACCUUCAGCAUGACGUUGACGCCAGUGUACCUGCCAUGUCAGAUGCGAGCGGCAACGUCGUGCCAUUCAGCAGCACUUCGGUAUUCCAACCUGCUGCCGCCGACGGGCAAUGA